AAAGAGACAGAAGAAAUUAUUGAAAAUUCCCAGUUUCAUGAGAAAUUCUACUUAGUGAAAUUCUUAUACCACCGAUGGUUAAUCAUUUUAAUAGAAUUAACUCGCUAUCGACAGCUUCUUAAUCGACUUGUUUAUUGAUCACCCGACUGAAACGUGUUCUGUGUGGGAUUCCAGUGUAAUAUUGCACGUGAUUCGAAGCAAACGAGGUGACUUUCGAGGGAGAGAAAAAAUACCAUUCAACAAAAACCGGGCCGGUAUCGGGGAGGAAUCCCCAUCUAAACUAGCAUUACCAGAUGUUACCGAUCCGUCCGGCUGCCGUACAGGUCAACUAAGAUAGAUCGGAUUAUUUCGCCGUCGAACGCUUACGGAAAUUCCGAUCGCUGGAAAGUGCCAAACAAACAAAGUGAUACUGUGUGAAGAUCGGUCGGUAGUCGCCACGAUCGCUACCGGUGGGGGAAAACAGAAUUCCACCUCGCAUUCGUACUGUAUUUACAUAUUCUGCAAUUUUCUGUGGGUGGCGGAUUGAGACGUUGAUGUUGUUCAUUGUGUUGUUCCCGGGCGGCUGUUACAAUUGAUUUCAUAGGUGGGAAACAUGGCUGAUACGGCUCAGUCAUCGAUCGGCCGGCAUCGAAGCAAGUCGUGAUCAGCUUACCAGGGGGAUUGUGUGAGUGGACUUUGUUAGGAAAUACUGCAUUUGUGAAGUGUUCAAAGGGUACUUCGGGCGGUGUGUUUUGGAUAAAUUGACAAAUAUACAGUUGAUAAAAAAACGGUUUCGAAGAACAUUUAUUUGGACUGAGCGAGUCAGUUGAAACCACGGUGGCAGAACAACGGCAACUAUGACACAAACAAUGGGAACGACAAUCAGUCCGGACGGAUCUUACGUCAAUGAGGCGAUGAACUGUUCAAGCCUAAACAUAUCAAUGUCGGCCGGGGAGCCACAUGGUGGUUUAACGGGUUCGAAUGAGUUUAUCUUGUCAUCGAGUGGAAAGAAAAUCACAUCAGAAAGCCGCGUACAGGAGGUCAAUCAAUGGUGCCAGCGAAAAGUCAAAAGUGCCUGCACUAGGAAGAUGAUGUACAAACGAUUGCCCAUACUACGGUGGCUGCCAAACUACAACUCAACCGACGCGAUUGGGGAUUUAGUGGCGGGAAUAACCGUCGGCCUCACAGUAAUUCCUCAAGCGCUCGCCUAUUCUGGUAUUGCCGGUCUUCCAGUCGCCUACGGACUUUAUGGCUCCUUUCUCGGAAGUAUCGUCUACAUUUUUCUCGGUAGUUGUAAAGAUGUACCGAUGGGCCCAACUGCCAUUGCAUCUUUGCUAACAUAUCAAACUGCACGGGGAAAUGUGCCCAAGGCAAUCCUUCUAUGCUUCCUGACCGGGAUCGUUGAGCUGCUAAUGGGUUUAUUUGGACUGGGAUUUCUGGUUGACUUCGUGUCUGGUCCAGUGUCGUCCGGUUUCACAUCGGCCGUAUCACUGAUCAUUGUGACGUCUCAAAUUAAGGAUGUUCUGGGAAUCACCGCAAGAGGAAGCACCUUCUUGGAAAUCUGGCAGUCGAUUUUCGCAGAUAUCCAUAACAUUCGUGCUUGGGAUACGGUUUUGGGAAUCACGUGCAUCGCAGUGUUACUGAUCAUGAGGAUUGUAGCAGGUCUCAAGGUGGGCCCCGAAGAGGAAGAACUUAAGUCGAAGAAGCACCGUUACGUUAACAAAUUCAUGUGGCUCAUUGGAACCUCUCGGAAUGCUAUUCUUGUGAUAGUAUGCGGAGCUAUCGGAUAUGUGUUUCAGUCAUCGGCUACCGCGCCCUUUAAACUGAUUGGGGAAAUUCCUCCGGGAAUGCCAUCAUUUGAACCACCAUCGUUCUCACUGACUGCUAACCAAUCCUCCAACGGACGGGAGGAAUCUUUUUCGGAGGUUGUAUCAAGUUUGGGAUCCGGAUUGAUAGUUAUCCCACUUAUUGCUCUAAUGGAAAAUAUUGCCAUCUGCAAAGCAUUUUCUAACGGAAAACCAGUGGAUGCCACACAGGAACUGAUCGCCAUCGGUGUUGCGAAUAUUGCCAAUUCUUUCGUGCAAGGCUUCCCCGGAACUGGUUCCCUCAGCCGGAGUGCCGUCAACAAUGCAUCGGGAGUGCGAACACCCCUAGGGAAUAUUUACACCGGUGCCCUUGUGGUACUUUCGUUGUUAUUUUUCACUCCAUACUUCUCAUAUAUUCCGAAAGCAACGCUUGCUGCCAUCAUCAUAGCAGCCGUGGUUUUCAUGGUGGAAGUCAAAGUCGUUAAACCCAUGUGGCGAACCAAAAAGAGCGAUUUGAUACCCGGCUUGGGGACAUUCAUUGCCUGCCUUGCCCUGCCACUGGAGAUUGGUAUUCUUCUCGGGGUAGGACUCAACGUCGUGUUCAUAUUAUACCAUGCUGCAAGACCAAAGAUUUCCGUUGAACGGCUAACGAGUCCGGCCGGUGCAGAGUACCUGAUUAUUACUCCAGAUCGGUGUCUGAUUUUCCCUUCGGUAGAUUACGUUCGUAAUCUGGUGACCAAACAUUCCAUUCGUCAAUCGCUGCCGGUGGUGAUCGACUGUUCGCACGUGUACGGUGCUGACUUUACGGCCGCGACGGUCAUAGACAGUAUUACGCAGGACUUUGUCAAACGUGAUCAGCCGCUGUUCUUCUACAAUCUCAAACCAAGUGUUUGUGCCGUAUUCGAAGGACUUUCGCCUGCCGACUUCGUGGUUUACUAUAGAGAGGAAGAUUUGGACCAACUAAUGAAGGAACGGGCUUACACGCCCAAACAGGUUCUUAGUGCAUGAGCGUUGAGCGGCAAUUUGACUUACUUAUUAACAGCAGUAUUAGAGACAGAACGUUUAAUGACAGUCGUUGGUGACUUUCUACAUCCGACAGUAUGCAGUAGAUGGUCUCAAUAAUGAUGUCCGACCUCGACACCUGCUAAACAACAAGUAACAGCGGAAGAGGACUCCUUGCAUUCCUAUUUAAUUCGUAAUUUUAUUUAUAGCCGAAUGACAACGAAACAUAUAUAUUAGAAGCUGUGUAUUUAUUUACCUUCGAUUGUUCUUCACUGCGGUUUACCGGAUUCAUGUCUAAAGUGAACUUGAAGUUAAUGAUCAGUGAAAUGUUACCACUAUAAUGUAUAUCAGGAUGAUUUUAAAGCAUUCAGUUGUGUACUUACUGUUAGAAAAACUUGAAAUCACAAAGCGUAAGAGAAAAUUUUAGGACGUUAUUGUAUAGCAAAAAUUCUGUACUGGAAAUAUAAUGAACCCGCACAAGUAAUGUAUAAUAUCUUCGAAAUUGUAUUGUUUUAUAGAUCAGGAUGUUUUAGGCCAUAUCUAAUAGUAAUUCAGGUUUCAAUUUUGUGAGUCCGGAUAUCAGAUUUGUGUAUAAACUGUACUUUAUGACCUCGAUAUUAUAAAUCUUGUAUGUUUUGUAUAGUGAGAAAAGAAAAUGCUGUGAUAAGGUGGAUCUUUAUCAA